AUGCUACAUUUACGAGUAGCAUGUUACAGUCCAAUUGGUUUACAUCAUUUCGGUGUGUUGAGUGCCUCUAUCUUGAGGAACGUAUCGCUUACUAGAGGACCAUUGACACUUUUUCAGGCUAAACUUGCUAGCAAACGUUUCGUCUCCACAGAUAUUCAGGAACAAGAUCAACAGGCUGGUGAAUCUAUCACAGCUACAGAUACAGGUGUCAUUCAGAAAACUGAUCGCGAAACUUUGAUUUAUUUUGACAAUGUAUAUCCAAGGGCCACGUCUCUAUGGAAUCCUACUCAAUGGUACAAUUUACUAUUGGCUAGACAAACAAGAGAUUCUGUGAGAAAGAAGAUACAGAAUUAUGCUUCUCCAAUCGAUAAUCCUAUUCAUGGGUUGCAUUUACAAUCAACUAUCCCUGUUAAGAGAGACGGCGGGGUCUUUGCUGUAUUCUUGGUUCCAUUUGGCUACACAAAAGCUGAAAUAAAUACUGCUAUUCAAAAAAACACGUCGAAAGAAUCUUCGAAAUCUAUUUUAUCAUUUUUAACAAAGGCCACAGCAUUUCCGGUAAAAGGUAAGCCUUGGAUCGAAGAUUUGAAGAGACUGCCUUCUACAGUAAUUGAUGUAAAAUUUCAAGGCCCUGCAUUGACAGAAGAAGAGUUAUACUCAUUAUUUAGAAGAUAUGGAACUAUUUUGGAUAUUUUUCCUGUUGAUUCAACUACAAACCACGCAAAGGUGAAGUAUAGAUCCCUCAGGGGUGCCAUAUGUGCCAAGAAUUGUGUUUCAGGAAUGGAAAUUCACAACACAGUAGUUCACAUCCAAUAUGAAAAAGAAGUUGAGAAAGGCCAUAUUUUAAGAAAUUUUUUUGUAAAUCAUAGUAGAAUUUCAAUUCCCGUAUUAAUUGCUUUAUUUUCUAUUCUAGCAGUUUUGAUUUUCGAACCCAUUAGAGAAUUCUCAAUUGAACAAAAAAUCACCCAUAAAUAUUCAAUUUCAAAAGAUAAUGUUCUCGUGAAAAGAUUAAGAAAAUUUACUUCUUCUACCAUGUCUAAUUUAAGAGGAUAUUGGAGAUUAGAAGACUCUAAGAGCCUUGAGAAACAUCUUUGGGAUGACCGUGUGGAAAAAGUAAACGAUUUAAAAAUGUGGUUAGAGGAAAAUAAUAAUACAUUCGUUAUCAUUCGUGGCCCAAGAGGCUCAGGAAAGCAUGAAUUGGUCGUGCGCCAUACUUUAAGUGAUCGCGAAAAUAUGUUAUAUCUUGAUUGUGAUAAGUUAAUUAAAUCAAGAACUGAUGCAAAAUUUUUAAGAAAUGCUGCAACACAAUUAGGAUAUUUCCCAAUUUUCCCAUGGUUUAAUUCAUUCACUAGUAUCAUUGAUUUAACUGUUCAAGGUUUGACUGGUCAGAAGAGUGGUUUAUCUGAAACAAAAGAAUCACAAUUCAGAAGCAUGCUAACUACCUCAUUAGCAUCUAUCAGACGUAUUGCGUUAAAAAAUUAUAAGCCUAUCAUAACACAGGAUUCUAAUGAGAUUAAUAUUAAAGAGGAAGAUUAUCUACAACAACAUCCUGAAGCCAAACCUGUAGUUAUCAUUGAUAGGUUCGAAGGUAGAUCAGAAAUCAAUGGAUUUAUUUAUAAGGAAUUAUCGGAUUGGGCUUCUAUGUUAGUUCAAAUGAACAUUGCUCAUGUUAUUUUCUUAACGGAGACAGUUGCAUGCAAUCAACAGUUAGCCGAAUCUUUACCAAAUACUGUCUUUAAAACUUUGGUAUUAUCAGAUGCUUCAAAAGAAAAUUCAAGAGGUUAUGUAUUAUCUCAAUUAAAGGAUAAAUUUACUGUUCCAGUCCCUGGAAAUGAAAACGUUGAUGAAAAAAAGCAGGAGAGUGCUGAUAAUACUGAUAAUUCGGAAGAAGGUUCAAAAUUAACUGCAUUAAGUGAACAAGAUAUCCAUGAGAUUGAUAAUGCUUUAGAACCACUGGGAGGGAGAAUGCUGGACUUACAAGCAUUUGUUCGUCGUGUAAAGUCAGGGGAAGAACCUAGCGAAGCAUUAGAUAAAAUGGUUGAACAAGCUGCAGAGCAAAUCACACAGAUCUUUCUAAGCGAUAGCGUGGAUGGUGUCAAAAGUGCACAAGCCUGGGAAUUAAUUGAAAUGUUAAGUGAAAAUUCCGUUGUUUCAUUCGAUAAAAUUAUUUUCAAACCAUUGUUCAAAUCUGCACCAGAACUGGGUAUCAUUGAAUUAGAAAAUAGUGGAUUGGUAACUGUUUCAAGAGAUAGAGGUGUAUUAAAAGAAAUUCGACCUGCCAAACCUCUAUACAGAGCUGCAUUUUUCUAUUUAGUUACAGAUAAAACCUUAUCCAAAAUUUUAAAGACAAGAUACCUAUUAAAAGUUAUUGCAUUUGAAACUAAAAGAAUUAAAAAUUGGGAAGAUGAAUUGAAGCCCUUAUCAAAAGUUCCAGAUCAAAAACUCUUUAAACCACGUCUACAAUAUCUUUCUGGGAAGAUUGUUUUGAGUAACCAAGUGAUUAACGAUUGUGAGGCUGAAAUUAAAAAUCUUUCUAAGCCAAAGAAAUGA